AUAAAUUUUAAUUGCAAUCGCAAAAAAGACUAACAAAAAUUAAAUGUGCGCUUGCAUAUCUGGCAACUCAGUCUGGAAGUCCGUGAGGUAAAACGUCAACAUCAUGCAUCUAUAUGAAAUGUCACGAUAUUGAUGCUCGAAAAUCAGAAAAUCCGGAUUUCUGCGUCGUCGGCCAUGUUCAGCUGUCAUUAUGCUCUCAAAUGUCAUCAUAUUGUCAAUAAAGUUGACCGUGUAAGGUCCGCUUAAGGUCCGCUUUACGGAAUCAGUUCGUUCCGUUCGCUCACAAACCGUUCGCUCGCAAUCAGUUCGUGGGGAGAACUACCGUUCUUUGAAAAAGAACGACCGCUUGUUCACUCUUUUCAGCGAACUAGUUCUUUCGUACCGUUCGUGAACGGUUUGCCCAUCUCUACUUGUCAUAAAUUGGAUCCAUUUAUGGUGUAUUUGUUGUUAUGCCAUACGAAAUAAAACCAGAAGAAAUUGUUUAGUAAGACGACAAUUAGCAGCGUAGAAGAUAGCAUGAAUCGGUAUUUUUAACAAGCGUUUGAAAUCACAAAAUCAACACAAUGACUCAGGAAAGCGCAAUUGUUUUCACCAUCUUUUACGCGUUGUUAUGUUUCUGCAUCGUGUAUCCCUCGACGGAAUUUGUGUCCGCCGGUUUGACCAUCGACAGACUUUUUUCAUCGACCCUCGGAUCCGAGAGGAUGAGCUUCGUAGAUUACCAUAUUCGUCGGACAAGCCUCAACUUAAUGGUUCAUUCGAUGUUGCCGAUAAUGUACAUCCGGGUGUAUUUUAUGCAAUUUAACAAUGACGAGAAUGCAGCGGAUUUAGCUCAAGAUGUUUAUUCGGCUGUCAGUAUAGCGUGGAAGUUUCUGGUGAUAACAGCUGUGCUCUUGCCGGGUUUGGUAGCCGUAGCCAUAUACCAUUGGUCUCGGAACAAUUGGGCUAAUCAUCCGAUUGCUAAGCGACUGGGAAAGUUUACCGAUGGAAAUAGAAUGAGAGAUUGGCGCAUGGUGGCUGCAAACAUAAAUGAUGAGUACAGAAGAGAUCAUAAUGUCGUGAUUAAAAUGAACCCCGUCUCACGAAUUGUAGUGACCGAAAGCUGGGUCAUAAAAACUACUUCGUAUUGGUUGAACGUGGCUCAUCAAGAUGAUACCGCCUUGAUUGCGUAUAAGAGCGACACCCAUGAUGUCAGUCAGGAUGCCUUCGAAACGGUCCAAUACGUGAACAUCGCCGUGAAAUCUACCCGUCCGGGCAUUCGAGAAUUUUCAAUCCGCGUCAAUGCGCUUGACUUCAAGGACUUGCAAGAUCGUAUCAAUCGACCGAUUACGAUCCUAUCGAGCGUCAAAUUCCACCGUUCAGUAGUGGAACGAUUUGUCGAUGUUUUCAAGGAUCAAGUCGCACAAAAUCCGACCUACCGGUUGGGAUCCAAUAUCACCAUAGAUGAUUUGGACAGCUGUUUUGCGUGUAUGCAUACACAGCCGAAUAUAAAGAUUCAGAAAAAUUGUCUCGAUGUAGAUGAAGUUGGGGAAGCACUGCCAGAGGCACGCUGCUGUCAGGUUUGUAACUGCCGGCCAAUGUGGUGCAUUGAUUGCGUGGCCAAGUGGUUCGCCUCAAGACAGGAACAGUCGGAGAGGGAUUCUUGGUUACAGCAGAAAUGCACUUGCCCCAUGUGUAGAGCUAGAUUUUGUGUAUUGGAUGUGAGUUAUAUUGAAAAAAGAUAAAUUAUAGAGAGAUGUUGAAGCGACAGAGUUGUGUUGAGUAAAUUUCACGUACGGUAUUUAAAAACAAUAUGAUGUCGUACAAAUAUGUAAGUUUAGUGUUUACCUAACAAUCGAUUCGGACAACUGUAAAUAAAAUUAUAUAUUUGCUAAAUAUAAA